AUGUCCCAAAAAGAUGAAUCCGGAUCAAAAAAGCCGGAGAAUCUGCAAAAGGUGACUCUGGAGUUUGAGACGGCGACCCUAAACUCAACAGACCCAUUAAAUCCUUCAAACACAGAAUUAUCAUCUACCUCGAAGCUACCUCACACAUUUACAGCAACCCAAACUUCAGCUCAUGCUUCACCGACUUUGCCCACUGUUGUAUUACCAAGAUCUUCUGAAAUCCCAUUAGCUUCAUUACCAGUAAAUUCUAGUGGCCCUUCUAGUCCAGGCCUUACGCCACGUUCACCUGGUAGUCCCGCUCGACUACCCCACCACCCCCAAUCUUCAGUAUCCUUUUCCGAACAAGGCCUACCUCGUCCAAGCGGCAGUUCUUUGCAAGUCCAAAGUCCUUCAUAUAACAUUGAAGAUUCAAACAUUUAUCGUGGCUCUUACGGCGUUCACUCGUCUUCCGAGAUAUUUGCAACCCCUUCACCAUCUGGUGGACUGGCCCCCCACCUUGCAGUCUCUCCUCUUGUAAGAAGCCGUGCAAAUAGCCGAACAAGAAGUUCGGGUCGCAUCACGCCAGCCCACUCCACUGUGAGUCUUUUCAGCCACGAAGAUAGCCCGCUUUCACCAUACCGCCGCAGACGCAAAUAUCGCCAUUCCCGUCUGGCCAGUCAAAAUGACGACACCAGCAGUGACGACAGUAGCAAUAGUAGUAGUGAUGAUGAUGAUGAUAACGAUAACGAUGAUGAAGAUCUUGAUAGUAGCGGAGAAGUUUCAAGCACUGGUAGCGACUACAGCCAAAAAGACAGCAAUGAACCAGCUAUAAAAAGGAAAAAAAAAAGCAGAAAAGCUCGCAAAAAGAAGAAAAAGAAGAAAGGAAAUCCACAGUCAUAUCUUGAGCGGAUGCUUUUUGGCGGAGGCAUUGGUGGUGACGGUAUGCCAGUAGUGCGCAGUGGAUUUGGACUUGAAGAGUUUCGUGAUGGCUUUUUCGAUGCCAUUUAUUCACCAAUCUCAUUUAUUGAAAAGCUUGCUUAUGAAUCUGUUUCCCAAGAAUCUGAAGCAAUGGCCAUUGCAGAAAAAUCGCCUUCUCUAUAUACUUCGGCCAUUUCUUCUUUAAGAAUGGUGGUCUAUAGUAUGAUGUCGCCGCAUAAUGGUGUAAAGCUCUUCAAAGCAUUCAUCACUUAUUUUGUGGCGUACAUUCUUUGCGUCAUUGGUCCCGUUGGUCGCUGGUUAGGCCAUUACCGCCUUUUUUUCCCACUUGCAUGUGUUUUACACCAAGCCGCUCACUCUUCAGGCUCUCAAAUUGAAAUCUUUAUACAAUGUGCUGGUGGCAUAGCCCUUGGUCUUGGAGUGGGAUCUCUCAGCUAUUUUGUUUCGACUUCUACUCAAUCCGCACAGUCUGGCUAUGGUGGCUUACAAGCCGUAUCAGUAGUAUUCAUGACAUUUUUGGUUGCUUGGGUUCGUGCUAGUUUUAUCCGUCUUUAUCAUGGAAUGAUUGCAUUCCACAUGGCCCAUCUUUUUAUGGCAGUUGUAAACGUUUCUGAGAUUCGCGAUUGGUACCGCGUGCGGUUAUUUGCAGUACCCUAUGGUCUUGGAGUUGCCCUAACUCUUGUUCUUAAUUUGCUAAUUGUCCCUGACUUUUUCCAUAACGAAGCUUUUACAUCUUUUCUUGACGCUAUUGAGCAAUGCAGAGUCACUAUACUUGCCAUUUCUCAGGCUGAUCCUGAGGCAUUAGCAAAGGAAGUAGAGGUUUUGAAUAAGACUUCCAAUGACAUGUCUAUUGUUUUCCGCGAAAUGCUUAAUGAAAUAACAAUUUCCACUGUCAAUAACAAGCAAGCUAUUCAACUUAGAAAUGCCAUUCAGAUGUUUAUUGGCCGUAUUCGCGUUGUCCCCUGUCCUACAUAUCUUUAUGGCCCUCUCUUGUCAGAAGAUGAAUACGGUACUCUUACUGGGUCAGAUGAUGCUCAUUACCGUUCUCGUGUAGCUGGUUCUUCUAUUCGCAGAUCUCAUAUUUUCAUUCGUGAUACUUUUCAAGAACCAACCUCUUCUAUACUUCAAGUGGUUUUAAAGUCACUUGAUAACCUUGACAAAUUUUUAAAGUAUUUGAAAUACCCACUUCCACGAUACAAAAACUCAAAUAAUCUUCAUUACUCAGAGUUAAUGACGUCUCAGGCAGAUUUGAGGAAUUGUCAAUACGCUUUAGAUAUGCUUUCUGAAUCGCUUUUACAAAAAGCAUCUAAUGAAGGUGUCAAUGUGGAAUGGCGAGCAACCCCUGUUGUCAAUGUGCUUGUUUAUGUUCAUUAUCUUUAUGAUAUGAGUCGAUCUCUUGGCCACGUUAUUGAUGAACUUGUUGAUGCUGCUGGAACUAAACGUAAAUGGCAUAUUGCCUUUCCAAAUUAUCCCUUUUCGCGGGCUCUUAAAACUAACACUCGUCAAACUACACACGAUCGUGGUGGCCAAUCAGCAUUUUAUUUCUACCAUACCAAAGCUGAUAUUGAACAAGUAUUUGAGCAGCUUCAUGAAAUCAGUGUGGCUCAUAGACGUGCAUCAGUAUUGGCUUCGGAAGAAGAGCUGACUCCUGCGGAUGCAAGGAAAAAACGUCGAGAAAAUGAGCGCAACAAUGCUGCUUCUGAUGAGCAGCAUAAACUGAGAUACCGACUAUGGAGACUGGUGCACCGUCUACAAGGUUACGAGUCAAGGUAUGCCAUUCGUACUUCGAUUAUUGUAACGUCUCUUUGUAUUCCUGGGUGGAUCCAUCACAGUCGUGAUUGGUUCAACAAUUAUAAUCUAUGGACUGCACCAUUCAUUGCUGUCGUUAUUAUGCAUCCCCGAGUAGGUGGAAAUUUACAUGACUUGUUUGUGCGAACCGCUUGUGCCAUUCUUGGAGUUGUCUGGGCAGGUAUUUCAUUUCGUGCUCAUUAUGGAAAUCCUUAUGUUUUAUGUGUGAUGUGUGCUGUUUUCAUGAUUCCGGCUUUUUACAGAUAUGUCAUUUCUUUACACCCGCGGUCAGGAAGUCUUGCUUGUAUAAGUUUUACCAUUACAUCGCUCACAAUUUUUGUCAAAGUACAUGAAGACCACAGUCCAAGAAAAGACAUUAUAACAGUGGCAUGGACACAGGGUUGUGCCAUUGUUAUCGGUAUAGCAGGCUCGAUUGUUAUUUCGUGGAUCUUUUGGCCCUUUGUUGCACGUCAGGAAGUACGUAAAGCCAUGGCUAUUGUGUUAAGGCAUCUCAGCAACUGCUACCAAAGUGUCACAGAUCGCUAUCUUUACAAGGAUGUCGGGGAUGAUCCAACUGCAAUGGCGCUCAGUUUGUCUGAAGUCCGUGAAGCCCGUAUGCGUAUCAGUUUAGACGCCUACCGAGAAAUGAUUUACAUGACCAGACAUGAGCCUUCAUUACGCGGCGACUUUGAUCAGGUCCCAUACAUUAAGCUUUUACGCUCUUGUCAGGUCAUUUUGCAAAAGAUUUCAGAGGCCCGCAUUUCAUCAAUUUAUUUCAACGUUCAUCGUUAUGAAGAUACCAAUGCUGAAACCAAAAUUACACUAAUGUCUUUACGUCGUGAUGCAGUUGCCUCUGUCAUUUAUCUUUUGCAUUUGCUUUCAAGCGCUUUUGAAUCCAAAAACAAGAUUUUAAGUCACAUGCCAUCUCCAGCCCUUUCUCGCAAACUUCUCUUUGAUGGAAUGCACGAAAUUGAAAAAAUUCGGUUACGCGCUUUAAAAAAUGCAUCCAAAUUGUCCAAAACAGAAAGUAAAACAGCAACUAUUCCGAAAAAUCAUGAAGGGGAGGCAUGCUACUCAGGCCACGAUUCAGCUGAGGCAGCAGCAGCAGCAGCAGCGCAAAUGGCAAUUGAAGUUGCAGUAACUCCCAGCUCAGCUAGUGACGAGAAAACAAUGCAGGAUUCAGCUACAGUGAGCAAAAAUAAUAGCGAAGAUGCCAUCACAACUACUGAAACGCAGCGUAAUGAGAAUGAAGAUAAGGACAAUGAAAUUGCUCCCACAACACUAGUAGUGGGCGAUGCCGAGAAGAAUGCAACAUUGAACCCGUCAGAGACGGUUAACUCCAUGGCAACCAUUCCCUUACCACCACAUGCUUCAGUUUUGGAAAAAUCACAGUAUAUUUGGGCCAUUGUUCAUGAAAGUACAUUUUCCCAGACCUUUACAGAGAUUGCUCAUGAGCUGGAAAAGAUGAUUGCUUAUGGAAAGUACAUUUUAGGCGAGGAAGAGAUCUGGACCGAUGUUGCACGUAGCGAGUACAAUAGAACUUUGUAA